CUUUUGCACUUCAGUGAGGGAAAUGCGAGGCUUUUGAGCGGGUUUUUCCGUGAAAAUUCACAUCAGUCUUUGCUGUGAGCCUCCGUGGGGACAUGGAACAGUGUUCUGGUGUGGAAGUGAAACAAUAUCUGAGGAAAUAGUGGGUGAAAUUGAGGAUCAAGCGGUGCGUCGUGUGGCAUUUUUUUGAACUGGAGUCUGAUUGGAGUGUUUCCGUUUGGAGGCUGUUUUGAGGACAUUCCGGAGUGAUAGGCAGUCAAUUACCCGACUCGGGAUCGUGGUGACGGUGCUAAUUGGACACUCUAGCUGUCUGCGGGGCCCCAAAGUGGGUGAGGAGCGAUGGAAAGUGCUUCAGAAAGUGGCGUCAGUGGACCGAAUGCCACCAGUUGCGAUGACGAACAGUCAAAAUGCGAAGAAAUGUCCACGCUGGCCGAGGUGGAGAAUCGACGGAUUUGCCUCGUGGGAACAGUGCUGGAUGACGAGGGUGUCGUGAAGGCGGCCCAGAGCUUUGGUAUCCCGGUGAUUACCUCAGAGACUGGCUCGGAGUUUGUCUUGGACGAUGAUUGGGUCACAUAUUUCGUGUUGAGCCACUUUGAGGGCCCAAUGUAUGAGGCGAUACACAAGAGUAAACACAGGAUUUUAGGUCCACCAGCUCUCAAGGAGAUCUUCUUUGCAAAAGAAUCUCUGCCGAGCAGCAAUCGACCAAUCUACAAUUAUGCAAUGAAAGGUGUUAUAAUUUGCUUCACUGGCAUUCGUCAGAAGGAGGAAUUGACACACUUGGUGAAUUUGAUUCAUGCGAUGGGUGGAAAAAUCCGAAAGGACAUGAAUUCGAGAAUAACUCAUCUAAUAUGCAACAAUAGCGGUGGUCAAAAGUAUCAGUACGCAAUGACUUAUCGGCUGACUGUUGUGCAGUCAGAUUGGGUGCUUGACGCCUGGAAGCGUCGAGAUGAGGUGAAUUUCAGUGCGAAUGAGGAGGAUUUCUCAAGGAUACACCGCACUCGAGCCUUCGAGGGACAGAGAAUAUGUUUCUUCGGCUUCUCACCUGAAGAACAUCAGCACAUGGUGGAUGUUCUUGUGUCAAAUGGUGGUGUUCCUACCACUCUUGAUGAUCCAGACUGUACACAUGUGAUCGUCGAUGAGCACGCAGUUCAUACGAAAUUGGAUGUUAAGAACUCCAAGACUCACAUCCUGAAGGCCGACUGGUUUUGGUACACCAUUCAGAAUGGAUUUGCGGAUGAAACUGAUUACAGAUUCGAUGACUAUCUGGACAGCAUAGCCAACACGCCGUGCAGUGAUCGCAGGGAUUCGUUGCCGGUGACAUUCAACAAGAGGAAGCGAAAGCGUCUGUCGCGAACGAUCAAGGAGGAGUUGACGCCUUUGGGCAUCGGCAAGAGGCGUUCUUCUGUGUCAGAUGUUGGACUGUUGUCUGUCUCUGGAUCUUUCUUAGAGUGCACAACGAGUCCGGAUAAGAAUGACGUGAGCAAAGUGAUUCCGGAGAGUGAAACGACACCAGAAGUGCCAACAUCGAACAAGAAGCAGUCAAUGCGUUUCAACCAUUUUCUUGAUUUCUGCCAGACAGAGUCAAAUUAUGUGGGCAUCUUGGACACAAUAGUGAAGUUGUUCAAGGAGCCACUGGAGAAGAUGGCCGACACAAAUCCAAGUGAUGCUUUGCUGAAUAAAUCAGAGAUUCGUGCGAUCUUCAGUAAUUUUCAGCCAAUUCACGAUGUUCAUCUGAAGAUGCUGAAUUGCAUUAAGGAGUUGCAGGUGAAUUGGAGUGAAGAGUGUCUAAUUGGGAAGGUGAUUCUCAAUCAUCGGGAUGACUUGAUAAAGGCAUAUCCGCCUUAUGUGAAUUUCUUCAGUCAAAUGAAAGAUGCUCUUGUCUUAUGUGAUAAUCAAAAGCCCAGAUUUCAUGCAUUUCUCAAGAUCAAUCAGGCAAAACCUGAAUGUGGUCGACAAUCACUUCAGGAUCUGAUGAUUCGUCCAGUACAGAGAUUGCCAAGUAUUAGUCUUCUAAUCAAUGACAUUCUUAAGCACACACCAAAGAGCAAUCCGGACGCGAAGAAGUUGGAGGAAGCUCUGAGAGCUAUCAAGGAAGUCAUGACGUAUAUCAAUGAGGACAAGCGCAAGACGGAGGGACAAUUAGCCAUGUUUGAUAUCUUUAAUGAUAUUGACAAUUGUCCACCUGAUCUUGUGUCAGCACAGCGAAGUCUUGUGUCCAAGUGUGAAGUCACCGAACUCUCAGAUCAACUGAGUGGUCGUGGUGAUGCGUUAAUGCUGUGUCUCUUCACUGAUAACAUUGAGGUGUGCAAGAAGCGCUCGCGCGGAUUUAACAAUGCCAAAUCGCCCAGUACCACAAUGAAUGGUCUCAAUGUGACGACCAAAGUGAAGUCAUAUAAGCAUAUUAAGCUCAUUUCACUCAGUUCCAUUCGAUUUGUGGUGGACAUCAGGGACAGUCCGCGCGCCUUUGCGCUCAGUUGUCGGCUGAGCAAGGAGAAUAAGGACAAGGAGUACUACUUUAGCAUCAAUGAAGAGGAAGUGGAUAAGACAAUGUAUCUGCGCAGUUUGUGUAAGCAACUUGCGGAGAAUUCAUGUCGUGCUGAUGCCGAUCAAUUUCUGGCCAGUGUAAAUUCUUCAGAAUUGAACAUUGACAUCAGUGACUUCAACAUUGGCACGCUAUCGAAGGCAUUUAAGUUUGCCACGAGAACGAGACUCAAGGUUGGUCGAGCAUUCUCCUUCAAUAAGACGCCGUCCAAGCUGAAGAGAGCCGUGUCGACAAUGAUGACAAACUCCCUCACGCCGGCUUCGCAGUUGGCACAGAUGAAAUUGGCCAGUUGUAACAAUAUUAACGAAAUUGGUGAGGAGGAGAAGGUGUCGAAGAAGGAGACACUGAUGGCACCAAUGUCCGUGCAGCCCACCCGAAAGGCCAACGCCCUCAUGGCGGGUCUGCGGAGGAUUUGAUCUUAUUCGACAGGCAGGGAAAAUUCACUGUAGUCCAGAUGAUGAUCACAAAAAGAUUCACAGAACGACAACCUAGUGAGAAAUACUUGUGUAUAUCUAUUUAGUAUUUAGUUGAACAAAGCGUUCUUUUCUUUCAUUUGUAUAAGGUAAUAUUUGUUUUUCUUUUGAACACCUAUCAUAAAACCGCACAAAUGUAAUUAAGGUUGAAAUUGUAUUUUGUGCGAGAGAAAAGAUGGAUGAAAUCGUGAAGUUGAGAUAAGAAUUGCGAUUAUAUUAAUCGACACGUUGGUGAAGAAGUAAAAAAAAACACAGGAAAAUGUCAGAAAAAAAUUUCAAAUAGUCGAUUAGUUGAGAGUUACAUAAAUUAUGUGAAGAAUAUAGAGGAAUAUUUAUAGAAAUUUUAGUGAAUAAGUAAAGAAGUAAUUAGGAUUUUUAACAUUCUUAUUUUGUAAGUGAUCUUUUACUGACUACAAGUGUAAGAAUGUCUUUUUCUAUAACAUGAAAUCAUCUUCAACAUUGACAAGAGCACAAUUCUUUUUUAAGAGGUUUUCAGUGAAAGAAAUAACGUUAUGUAAAUAAUGUAAUUAAAUUGAUAACUAUUGGAAAAUGAGAAAUUGUUAUUCAA